CGGGGCCGUCAGGGCGCGUUCCCGAGAGCGCACCCCCGCACGCACAUUGUCGGGGCGCGGCGGGCAGCGCUCUGGCGCCCGGUGCCAAUGCGGGGCGGGCGCGUCACGCCGGGGGCGCCUCCACCACCGCGGUGGGAACUGCACCUCGCCGCCGGGCCGGCGCGCGGCUGAGGCCCCGGGCGGGGAGCGGCGGCGCGCCUCGUCGCCUUCGGUUUUCCUCCAUUGGAAGGAAAACAAUCUCGUUAUUCCGCUCUGAACUUCCGCGCCCCGCUUCCCAGGACGCGCAUCCCGCUCGGCGGGGCGGACGAGCUGGUGGUGGUGCUUCUGGAAUUCCUGAGCUGGGGUCGGCUGGAAGAUGACUGAAUAUAAGCUGGUGGUGGUGGGAGCUGGUGGUGUUGGGAAGAGUGCUUUGACGAUACAGCUCAUUCAGAAUCAUUUUGUUGAUGAAUAUGAUCCUACAAUUGAGGAUUCUUACAGAAAGCAAGUUGUCAUCGAUGGAGAGACCUGCUUGUUAGAUAUUUUGGAUACUGCAGGGCAAGAGGAGUACAGUGCCAUGAGAGACCAGUACAUGAGAACGGGAGAAGGAUUCCUUUGUGUCUUCGCCAUCAACAACACCAAGUCCUUUGAAGACAUUCACCAAUAUAGGGAACAGAUCAAGAGGGUGAAAGACUCAGAUGAUGUUCCCAUGGUGCUGGUGGGAAAUAAAUGUGACCUACCAGCCCGGACAGUAGAGACGAGGCAAGCGCAGGACCUGGCCCGGAGUUACGGGAUCCCCUACAUAGAAACUUCUGCCAAAACCAGACAGGGCGUUGAAGAUGCCUUCUAUACCUUGGUGCGAGAGAUUCGUCAGCACAAGCUGCGCAAGCUGAAUCCCCCAGAUGAGAGCGGCCCUGGCUGUAUGAAUUGUAAAUGUGUGAUAUCAUGACUAUGGUAACUGGACUGUGUUUUGGAGAGGUUUCCACUGUGCAGAGCGCAAGGAAAGAGGUGAAGCGGAGGACAAACGAAGCAGAUGGAUUCAAGGGAGAAGUAUAGGGGGAGGGGGAGAGGAGAGGAGGAGGAAGAGGAUGGGGGGGAGCAUGAGCCCCUCCAAGGACUAUCUCGCACUUCACCCAAGCCUGCAGCAAACAACUUUUUUUCUUUUUUUUCUUUCCUCAUUCCCUCCUUCUUUGGCCGCCUCCUCCUGGCAACUGUACAAAGCCACAGAUUGAAUCACAGUAAAUUAUUAUUUGAUGGGCUUGACAAA